CCCAGAGUGAGGAAACCAGAGGAGUUAGCAGCCAUUCACACGACUGAUUCGCUCCCAGCUACCACAAGGAGUAUCUCAGAUUUCACACACUGAUUUUUUUUAAAGCCGGGACCAUGAUGAUCCCAAGCAUCAUCGCGCCUCCUGCCCUCUACCAGGGGCUGUACCGGCCCGCCGCCUCUCUGCCGCUCCACCAGACCCUGCCGUCGGUCUUCCCGACCCACUCCAGCUUUCUAGUGGAGGACCUGCUGCGGAUAAGCCGCCCCGCCGCCUUCGUAAACCGGACUGUCCCGUCGGCGAGCGCCUCCCUGCCCACAGCCACCACCACCGUGUCCUUCAGCGGCGCGCCCGCGGUGACGCGCGAAUCGUGCUCGCCGAAAACGUCAGUGCCGAGCAGCAAGGACCCAACUUUUCUCAAGUUUGGAGUGAGCGCCAUCCUCGCACCUUCACCAAAGACUGCUUCCUCGCCCCCCGCAUUCCACAGCCUGCACUCCAAGACCUUCCCUAUCCCCUGCUUUGACGGAACCUUUCACCCCAUAUUCAGGACGCCUUAUUUACCAGCAUCCUCAUCCGUUGUUCCUAUCCCCGGGACUUUUUCUUGGCCCCUGGCCGCCAGAGGGAAACCCCGGAGAGGGAUGCUGAGGAGGGCGGUGUUCUCCGACGUACAGCGCAAGGCCUUGGAGAAAAUGUUCCAGAAACAGAAAUACAUCAGCAAGCCCGACAGGAAGAAACUGGCCUCUAAACUGGGCCUAAAAGACUCGCAGGUGAAAAUCUGGUUCCAAAACCGGAGGAUGAAGUGGAGGAACUCCAAGGAACGAGAGCUGCUGUCGUCCGGUGGCUGCCGCGAGCAGACGCUGCCCACCAAAGCCAACCCGCACCCCGACCUCAGCGACGUGGGCAAGAAGUCCUCAGCCGAGGAUGAAGAAGAGGAUGAGGAAGAAGUGUUCGGAAGAGAGAGAAUGAGGGCGGCAGGGUCUAGCAUCUCCUCUCCAUCUCUUUCCAGUAAGCACUCAGACUUCUCAGAGUCAGACGAAGAAGAAAUAACAGUAUCUUAAUUUAUUUUAAAAAGCAAAUAUAGAGAUAUAACCCAUGUUUUGUUUUCAUGUGAGACUGUGACCAGAUUUAUAAGAAGCUGCCGCCCUGAAACAAGACCCCAUAAAUGUCAUUGUUCACAAUAAGUUUCACUCAAGUUUGUUGCUUCAUCAGCGCAUGCGCACUGUACAGGAUCUGCUUCUGAGACACAAUUUGCUGUUUUGCACAGCUUUGUUCAAUUGUACAGUAUUUUGUACAAUUUUGUAUGGAAAUUUUAUGCCAAGAAUAUUGAGUUCCUUUUACCUUGACCUUGAAUAGAGUUGUUUAUUGAAAAAUGUAGCUAUUUCGUUAAUAAUUUAUAUGAAUUUGUUUAAUAAGUAUGUUGUAUUAUGUGCUGUAUAUAUGUUUAUUUCACACUUUUUGUACAAAUACCAAAUAAAAUUGUAAACAAUUCCAA